CAGUUACUUAUUCAUAGCCCAUAGCCUAUUUGAUUCUUCUGGAAUCGACUCAUGUUUUCUAGGCCCGUCUUUGACAGAAUUUGUCUGAUUUGUUUCCACUUAAGUGUGCGGCACAGACUGGCUGUGUCUAAAUGCGCCUUCUGGCUGCGAAAACGGAGCAGCGCAUUACUUGCACUUCUUUGGGCCUCGAGCAUAUUCGAGCAUGUAGCGCUCGCACACAGGGGCCAUAAUUUAUGUGUCCUCCUGUCCCCAAAGGUUCGGUCACUGGAGCAGCAGAAUAAGCUGCUGGAGACAGAAAUCGAGGCCCUCCAGAACCGAUUCCUGAAGCCCACGGGCCUGCGCAUGCUGUAUGAGGAGCAGCUCAAAGAGCUUAGGAGGCUUGCCGAUCAAAUGAGAAAGCAGCGGGACCUGGCUGUUGCUGCCAAAGACGCCAGGGCUGGACAGCUGGAGAUGAUGAAGGCCAAAUAUGAGGAAGCUGUGGAACUGAGGAGGAAGGCCGAGAUGGACAUCGAGAACUUCCGACCGGAUGUUGACGCAGCCACCUCCUCGCGCAUUGCUCUGGAAAAGCAACUUGAGAACCUGGAGGUUGAAAUUGAGUUCCUGAAGAGGAUUCAAAGAGAGGAAAUCGAGGACCUGAUGAAACAAAUCUAUUCUGCUCAUGCCACCGCCGGAGAAGCCUUCGCCCUCCCCGACAUCGCGGCUGCUCUUAAGCAGAUUCAGCACGAAUAUGACGUCAUCGCAGCAAAGAAUCUUCAGGAAAUGGACUCGUGGUAUAAUUCAAAAUUCGAAGAUUUAAACAAUAAAACCACAAACCAUGUGGACAAAGUGCGUGGAGCACGAGAGGAGCUUGCAUCCGCUAAAAAAGAUAUUCAAGGCAAAGAGAGGGACAUGGAUGGUCUGAAGACCAAAAACGAUGGUCUGGAGGCUCAGAUUCUUGCAGCUCAAGAGAGACACAAGAAAGAGCUGGAGGCUCUCCAGGCCAGGAUCGAAGCUCUUCAUUUAGAGCUGAAAACCACAAAGGGGAAAAUUGCACAGCUUCUCAUGGAAUACCAGGACUUGCUGAAUGUUAAGAUGAGCCUGGAGAUUGAGAUCACUACAUACAGGAAGCUGAUUGAGGGCGAGGACAUGCGCAUCACCAGUAUGGUGCAGGGGGUGAUGGGCAUGAGUGCCAUCAGUGCUGGGGCGAUCGGAGUUAUGGGUCUCGGGGCCUUGGGAGCCGGAACCGGUGGAGCUGCCAAUGGGGGACUUGGAGCCGGUGUGGAAAAUGGCGCCCACGGCCAGACCAUCGCCACCUACUCUCAGGAGCAGGCCGUGGAGAUGACUGAGAGGAAAACCGUGCUCAUUUGGUAACCAGGAGCAUCAAACGUCAAUCACACACUCACUGUGAACUCAAUUUAAACACAUGGUGUACAGCAUAUCUCAAGGGAUUCAAAUCAUGGGCUGUGCUGAUAACAAACUAAAUUCUCUAUGUAUUGUAAUCCAUUGAAAUAUUUACAUCAGUUUUUCAUAUUUUGAUUCCUUUUGCCUUCUCUCCGGAUAGUUAAAACCGAGGACGACACCCUCGAGAGUGACACACAGGAGAGGAGAUACUUCAUUGAGGGAGCUGCUGAUGAGGAAGAGGAAUAGAGUGAGAGGGGGGACCUACCCUGUCCACUCACCCUUGACCUCACACUGGUGGCCCUGGGUCUGGGCUCUGACCUUUGAUCUUGGCACAACACCAUGAAGAUGUCUACAUUUGCAAAAUGCUUCUCUCUUUCUGUGUGUUCAAAGCUGGCUGUGAAGGUUUUGAAUGCCAGGUUUUCGUGUGCCUUACUACUGCAUCCUUGCAAGAAUUAAAUAAAAGCUCUCAGUAACCAUUUCUCUGGUCUCUUUUCUAGAAGACCUCAGCAAUAAUAACAUGAGAGUAAAAGGAAUGUAGUAAAACAUUUUUUCAAUUAAAUCAAAUCUAAACAUACCCUUACAAAAACCUAAAUAUUCCCCAUGGGGAAGCGAAGACUUCUAAUUAAUAUGGUUUUCUUGGGGCUUGUUCCUCAACUGCAAGCAUCAACUGCUGAUAUGUAUAAUAGCUAUUGUAAUAAAAAUAAAGGGUAUAAAGAAUAAACAUAUAUUUAUCAUAUAUAUA